AUGGUUGGCGCGGACGAGACUCUCACGGCUGCGACUGCUGUACUGCAAUCGCUGGCUAGAGAUGAACCAACCCCCGGCUCUUCUUCCCCUCCCUUCGAUUUCCAAUUUCCUGCAACGAACGGCUCGAAAUCACCAAAGUUACCUGGAGAACACACCGCCGCCAAGGCCGCCUUCGAAGCCGAGUUGGAGGCCUUGGUGCGUCGUGUGCAUCACCUGGAAUUCCAAGCUGUCAGUCAUCAAAAGUUCCCCGACAACCCCCAGCAGUCGAUCACGUCUGCUUUCGGAUCCAACGAGAAGAACCCUGAUUUCUUGUGGACCUUUGGGCUCGAUCGCUUGUCGUCCGGUCAAGGUUCUGACUCUUCUUAUUGCCUUUCACAGCAGCAAAAUCUGAAUCAACCCGAUCGGCGACAGCGUACCCCUUCGGGUUCCGGUGAGAAUCCGACACCUGGAGACCUAGUCGACGACGAAACCGAUGACGAAGAAGACCCUGGUUCGCGUACCCGUGUCGUUAGCGAGGAUGAUAUCAGCAUCCUGCGCAAUCAUGUCCAGAAGCAAGCUGAAGAAAUCAGUUUCCAGAAGGACAUAAUUGCGCAGGUGCGUGACGAGCUCCAGAAACAGGAAGAAAACACCCGCCGUACUCUCACCAAGGUCGAAAAUGAGGAUGUCGUUCUCCUGGAACGCGAACUACGCAAGCACCAACAGGCCAACGAGGCUUUCCAGAAAGCACUACGAGAAAUCGGGGGCAUUAUCACGCAAGUAGCCAACGGUGACCUCUCCAUGAAGGUCCAGAUUCACCCUCUAGAAAUGGACCCCGAAAUUGCAACCUUCAAACGAACGAUAAACACCAUGAUGGACCAACUUCAAGUAUUCGGUAGCGAAGUUUCUCGAGUCGCCCGCGAGGUCGGAACUGAGGGUAUAUUAGGUGGACAGGCUCAAAUAACUGGAGUCCAUGGUAUCUGGAAAGAACUCACAGAAAACGUGAAUAUUAUGGCAACAAAUUUAACAGACCAGGUGCGAGAAAUUGCCGCUGUAACGACCGCAGUCGCCCACGGUGAUCUCAGUCAGAAGAUUGAGAGCCGUGCUCAAGGUGAAAUUCUGGAAUUGCAACAAACAAUUAAUACCAUGGUGGACCAACUUCGAACAUUCGCAACAGAGGUAACACGAGUCGCGCGUGAUGUCGGCACGGAAGGUGUACUAGGUGGUCAAGCUCAGAUAGAAGGUGUUCAGGGCAUGUGGGACGAACUCACGGUGAAUGUCAACGCUAUGGCCAAUAACCUUACCACUCAAGUGCGUGAUAUUGCUACCGUCACUAAGGCUGUUGCCAAGGGUGACUUGACUCAGAAAGUGCAAGCCAACUGCCGAGGAGAAAUUGCCGACCUAAAAAACAUCAUCAAUUCCAUGGUGGACCAGCUUCGACAAUUUGCCCAGGAAGUCACCAAGAUUGCCAAGGAGGUCGGUACUGAUGGAGUGCUCGGAGGACAGGCCACUGUAAACGACGUUGAAGGAACAUGGAAAGAUCUAACGGAGAACGUCAACCGAAUGGCCAACAAUUUGACUACCCAAGUGCGCGAGAUCGCAGAUGUCACCACAGCCGUUGCCAAGGGAGAUUUGACCAAGAAGGUCACUGCCAAUGCACAAGGUGAGAUUCGAGAUCUGAAAAUUACUAUCAACGGCAUGGUGGACCGUUUGAACACCUUUGCCUUUGAGGUGAGCAAGGUCGCUCGUGAAGUCGGUACCGAUGGAACCCUUGGUGGCCAGGCCAAGGUAGAUAACGUUGAAGGAAAGUGGAAAGAGCUCACUGAUAAUGUGAACACCAUGGCCCAAAACCUGACAUCCCAGGUGCGAAGUAUCUCAGAUGUCACUCAGGCUAUUGCAAAGGGUGAUCUUAGCAAGAAGAUUGAAGUCCACGCCCAAGGAGAGAUACUCACUCUCAAGGUUACUAUGAAUCACAUGGUGGGUCGCUUGGCGAAGUUUGCCAUGGAACUCAAGAAGGUCGCUCGCGACGUCGGAGUGGACGGCAAGAUGGGUGGACAAGCCAAUGUGGAGGGUAUUGCAGGAACAUGGAAAGAAAUCACCGAGGACGUCAACACUAUGGCUGAGAAUUUGACUUCCCAAGUCCGUGCAUUUGGUGAAAUUACAGAUGCUGCAACGGACGGCGAUUUCACCAAGCUUAUUACUGUGAAUGCCUCGGGUGAGAUGGACGAACUGAAACGCAAAAUCAACAAGAUGGUUUCAAACUUGCGAGACAGUAUCCAACGAAAUACGGCAGCAAGGGAGGCUGCCGAACUUGCCAACCGCACGAAAUCCGAAUUUUUGGCCAACAUGUCACACGAAAUCCGAACCCCUAUGAACGGUAUCAUUGGAAUGACGCAGCUGACGUUGGAUACGGACGACUUGAAACCUUACACGCGUGAGAUGCUGAAUGUGGUGCACAACCUUGCGAACAGUCUGCUCACGAUCAUUGACGAUAUUCUCGAUAUUUCAAAGAUCGAAGCGAACCGUAUGGUUAUCGAAAGCAUUCCUUUUACCGUCCGUGGUACAGUUUUCAAUGCGCUCAAGACACUAGCUGUCAAGGCGAAUGAAAAAUUCCUGAGCCUCACUUACCAGGUGGACAACACGGUGCCAGAUUAUGUGAUCGGUGAUCCUUUCCGUCUGAGACAGAUCAUCCUUAACUUGGUUGGAAAUGCCAUCAAGUUCACCGAACAUGGAGAGGUCAAACUCACUAUCCGCAAAUCCGACCGUGAACAAUGCACAACCAACGAGUAUGCCUUCGAGUUCUCCGUUUCCGACACUGGUAUUGGUAUCGAGGAAGACAAGCUAGAUUUGAUCUUCGACACCUUCCAACAAGCUGACGGCUCCACCACCCGGAGAUUUGGCGGUACUGGUCUUGGACUCUCAAUCUCCAAGCGCCUCGUCAACCUGAUGGGUGGUGAUGUGUGGGUCACCUCUGAAUAUGGACAUGGUAGUAACUUCCACUUCACCUGCGUCGUCAAGCUUGCCGACCAGUCCCUUAAGGUCAUUGCCUCUCAACUCGCACCAUACAGGAACCAUCGGGUGCUUUUCAUUGACAAGGGUCAGAACGGAAUCCAAGCCGCCAAUGUCAUGAAAAUGCUGAAGCAAAUCGAACUGGAGCCUUUGGUUGUACGGAACGAGGAGCAUGUUCCGCCCCCUGAGAUCCAAGACCCAUCUGGAAAGGAAUCCGGUCACGCUUACGAUGUCAUCAUCGUUGACUCCGUAGAUACGGCGCGUAUUCUCCGAACAUUCGAUGAGUUCAAGUACAUCCCGAUUGUUCUUGUCUGCCCCGUUGUCUGCGUGAGCUUGAAAUCAGCGUUGGAUCUUGGUAUCAGUUCAUAUAUGACUACGCCUUGUCAGCCAAUUGACCUCGGCAACGGCAUGCUUCCGGCACUUGAAGGUAGAUCUACGCCAAUAACAACCGACAACUCUCGUUCUUUCGACAUUCUCCUUGCCGAGGAUAACGAUGUGAACCAGCAACUGGCGAUGAAGAUUCUCCAAAAGCACAACCACAACGUGUUUGUUGUUGGCAAUGGGUUGGAAGCACUGGAGGCCGUCAAGAAGCGUCGUUAUGAUGUUAUCCUCAUGGAUGUUCAAAUGCCAAUUAUGGGUGGCUUUGAAUCCACGGGUAAGAUUCGUGAGUAUGAACGAGAGAGCUCGCUCCAGCGAACCCCCAUCAUCGCGCUCACAGCCCACGCCAUGUUGGGUGAUCGAGAGAAGUGUAUCCAGGCUCAAAUGGAUGAGUAUCUGUCCAAACCGUUGAAGCAGAACCAGAUGAUGCAAACCAUCCUCAAAUGUGCUACAUUGGGCGGUUCGUUACUGGAGAAGAGCAAGGAGUCCCGGAUUUCCAGCAGUGGAGAAAUGCAUCCGAUCCACUCCUCUGUCCCUGAUCAGAACCAGAACCAGCAACAACAGCAGCAGCAGCAGCAACAACAACGGUCAACAAAUCAGCAGCCUUUGCCUGACCCACGGAUAUUUCAACCUGCAGCUCGAACAGUUACCACCACUACCCCGAGUGUACGCCCAAAUGUCAAAACAGAUGACGAUGGAGACGAAGAAAUGAUUGACGAUCGGUCAUUCCUACGAUCAAACAGCACUUGA